GUGAAAAGGGUAAUUUGGAGGAAUAAUAGUUAAUCGAAGAAUUGAGUUGGAAUUGCUUUAGUUUCCUGGAGGAUAUAGGGUGGUAGAAUGGGUUUUGGAGUAAGGAGUAACGAACGAUAUAGAGGUGUGGAGGGUGGGGGUGUUAAAGACGUAUAUAAGAGGAUUUGGAGUGAUAAAAAAGAAUAUGUGGUAUUUUGGGUGGGGAAGGGGAUUAAGAGAGAUAUCAGAGAUUUUAUAUACAUGUUUUAAGAGGGUAACAAAGGUUUUUGGGGUAAAGGAUAAUAUCUGUGAUUUUAGGAAAAAGCUGCUAGCUGAUAAUUAGGGUGUUUGAGGAUCAGAAGAUUUCGAAAAAGAGGUUAGAGAGUGAUAAGAGAGAUAUGUAUCAGAGAAUUUUGAGAAUAAAAGAUGAAAAAGAGGGAUAAUAGAGGACUUGAAUUCUUUUGUAUCCGGGUUUUUGAGGAUAUCUGGAAGAGGAUUUGAGAUGAUUAAGAUGAUGAAUAUGAAAGAAAAUGUGGGGUUUUGGAUUAUAGAGUGUGAUAUCUGGGAGGCGAUUAAGAUGGAUAUUAGCGGAUUUGUGUGAGGGUAAAAUCAGAGAGUUAGGAGAUAAACGGUUUGUGGCGCUUAAGAGGUAUACCAGAAGAUUUUGGAUGUGAUUAAGAGUAUAAUGUUAAAAGAGAUCUCUGAGGAUUUCCAGGAUAAAUUCUGAUAUCUGUGACUGUUUGAUUAAGAGGUAUUUAAUAUGUUUUAAGGGCUAUAGGUGAUUCUCAGAAUUCGGGCUUUGUAGAGGAAUAACAGAGGGUAUUAGUGAUAUCUGGAAUUUGGGGUGAUUUGAGGGAUACCAAUGGAUGGCGUAGUGACAGAAGACCCACAGACAGAAG